AUUUACUUUAUUUAUUCUUUUACUGCUGUUUUAUUUCCCUCCGUGAGCACUGGUGCUUGUGAAAAGAAACACCCCCAAGGACAAACAGCGGCUUCGUGCCUCUGUGCAGAGCUCUAUCGGCUUCGGUGGCUCUGCCGAGGGAGCAGCCGAGCACUGCCCGCGGUGGGACGCCGCCGGCCGGGCCCGCACGGUGAGGUGCAGCCGCCCGCGGCCCGAUGGGGCGGGCAGUGCGUUGGCUAGCAACCCCCACCGGCUCAGCACUUCCGUCUCGGCGGGCGCCAUUAGCGCCUCGCCGGAAGCAGGGGCGGCGGGCAGCCAAUCGGGGCGCCGGGAGCAGUAUGGCGGCGCGGGGGGCUCUGAGGCGCUGGUGGAUGUUGGCUCCGGGCGGCCGGACGAGCUGGUGUGCCGCUCCGCUGUGCCGAGGACGAGCGCUGCCGGGGCCCCCCGCGGGCCCUGCCUGUGCAGUUGGCCGCCCCCUGCAGUGGGCAUCGUCGUUCUCCCAGCCGGGCCCGACAGAGAGUGAGCCCAGCGAGGGACAGGUGUUCCUCAGCGAGAGCUGUGUGAAGAGGCUGUUGGAGAUCACAGAAGGCUCAGAGUUUCUCAGGCUGCAGGUUGAAGGAGGCGGCUGUUCUGGAUUCCAGUACAAGUUUUCCUUGGACACAGUUAUCAAUCCUGAUGACAGGGUAUUUGAACAAGGUGGUGCCCGCGUGGUCGUGGAUGUGGACAGCCUGGCCUUUGUGAAAGGUUCCAUGGUGGACUUCAGCCAGGAGCUGAUUCGCAGCUCCUUCCAGGUGGUGAGCAACCCCCAGGCAGAGAAGGGUUGCUCAUGUGGGACUUCCUUCUCUGUCAAAUUCUGACUGGAGUUCCCAUGGAUGGACACAAUCUGCAGACACUUCCUGGCAGUCUUCAGAGGUUUUUGCUUGCAGAGGUUUUGCUGCUCCUUUUCAUCUCCUUUACCCUGUAACACAGCUGUUACACAUGACUCCGGCUGUGUGUAUGUCUGCACUGAGCCUGUCUCCAAGGCUUGUUAGUCUUCCCUUCAGAAACAUGAAGUAGCCCUGAGCAUCCACAUGGGAGCAUUUUUAGCACCUUGUGAACCACCGUCCAGGUGAUGCUGACUUGCCUACCCUGUCCUGAAUGUGGAACCACUGCACUGCUUAUCUCUGCAAGAGAUGGCUAUAUAUAUAUAUAUGUGUGUCUACUGAAAGUUCUUACUAAAGAAAUUCUUUGAGGUUGAUGGGUAUUGCUUGUACAUUCCCAUGUGUUUAGAAUCUGGGUUCUUUCAGGGUACUCUUGCUUAUCUGUUGUUUCCAGCCAAAUGGGACUUGGAGUUUCUCUCCUGUAUACCUCCCAGUGCUGCCAGCUCUGCAAUCCCCAUUAGUGGGCUUUUCCAGAUACUUUGCUGUUCUCUUACCCAGCAGGCUUCUCUCAGUCCCAGGAACCUACAGUGAUUUUGCUGUCAGUCCCCGGGAUGAGAACUUUUACUUACUAAGAGUAAGUGAAGCUAAAAAAUGGAGGUAGGAAGACUUAAUAGCUUAUUAAUUUUAUAUGAAAAACCCCCUUGUGUGUAUGUGUGUAUAUAUAUGUAUGUAUAUAUCUAUAUGUGUGUGUGUAUAUAUAUACACACACACACAAAACACAUAGCCCUCCAUCCCCCACUGCUAUUUUAGUCUGUUCCUAAACCUGACUUGGAAAUUUAGGUCACACAGACUCUCUAGUUUCAACACAAGAUGUGUCUGCUGCCUUCCCUUGUCAGCAGGAAGGGAAGUUCAGGUGGCCCAGGCAGAGGAGGGUCUGGAGUGCUACUUAAGGGUCCUCAAGUCCUUUUGACUUAGUUGUCUGGGAAUCUUUGCUUCACCGUUUAAUCUCUGACUUGUGCCUGGUUUGAUGAAAGAAUAAAAUGGCUCCUUUCAUUUCUGAAACUGCCAUGGAAUGAGUAAUCUAGAAGUUUCCAGGAUAACAUCCUUUUGAUUAGUUGUUUUCUGUAGAUUUUUGUCUGCCACUAGAUGUCUUUUAAAUCGGAAUGAUUCACCUGCUUCUAGGUGAGAGAUGGGGAAGCUACUUUUUUCCCCUCUCUUGUGUUUUAUCUGAUCAUAACCAAAUUGUCUAAGACUUGAAUCUCUCACGUGAGUGUGGGAACACUGCAUGACUUUGGUCUCAAGGAAGCUGCUUAUGGGAAACAAGCUUUUUAAGACUCUGCGCCACAGGCAUUUUUGUUGUUAAGCUUCCAAAACAUCUUUCUCAACUAAUCAGCAGUGCCUAUGUACAGCACUGAUUUGCCUGUCGAUUCUUAGUGAUCAGAGUUCAUAGUCAGCUAGUUUCAGUUUCAUCUGUAGAUGUUACGGGAGUUAGUGUGUGAUCUCCUUUGACUUCAUCCCAUGAGGGAUAUGGAUGGGACUUGGAGCAGCAGCUCUUUUGAUUUAGUCCUUGCCAUUUCCUGCAGUCGACAAGAUCUACCUAAUUGUGUUGCUGUCAGAGGGAGCUGGGUUUAGUACUCUCCUAUUUUGUAAAAGGGAGUAAAAGGAUGUGAUUAAAAGACUUCUCCAACCACCUGCAGGCUGUUUUGGCCCUACCCUUACACUCCCAGGUCUUGAAUGUGAUGUCAGCCAGAACUGCCUUUGAGAAGUAUAAGACCUAAAAGCUUGUGUAGGUAGAAGACAUUUAAAUAAACUCAAUUUCUUUCAA